AUGUUUUCUUCAUGCCCUAUCGGGAGCCUGGAGCCGGUGAGGGACCUAGAUCUGGAUCCUGGCAAUUCUCUUCAGCAGCAGCAGCAGCAGCAGCAGCAGCAGCAGCAACAGCAGCAGCAGCAGCAGCAACAGCUGCUGCUGCAUGAGCAGCAGCAGCAGCAGCACAGUGGCCGCCUGGUGUGUAUAGAAUGCGGGGCCCCAGUGGAGUGUAUAUACAGAGCGUUUCCCCCUGGCUCAGAUAACAUACGCCUUGUCUGCUGCAGCAGCUGCAGCAGACUAGCUGAUCCCUAUCUGCAGCACGACUCGUUGCUGCUGGCUCUUGAUCUGCUGCUGCAUAAACCUCAGGUGUAUAGGCACCUCCUAUACAACAGAAAACCCCACACACGGGGAUCCGUUCCCGCCAGCAUCAUUAAAUUCACUAUUGCAUGCGUUUUCUUUGAUGCUUACCUAGAGUGGUUCCUGCUGCACUCGCCGCAGCACACACAGCAGCAGCAGCAGCAGCAGCAGCAGCAGCAGCAGCAGCAGCAGCAGCAGCAGAGGCAGCAGAAGAAAGGAGAAUCCAACUGCUCAAACAGCAGCAGCAGCAGCAGCAGCAGCAGCAUAUAUGCAGCAGGUGAUACUGCUCAGCUCCAGUGCGAUGGAUCGUCAGCUGCUGCUGUUGCUGCAGAGCUGCAGCAGCAGCAGCAGCAGCAGCAGCAGCAGCAGCGCAGCAGCUGCAGCAGAAGAAGAAGCCUGUUCUGGAGGCCUUCUGUUAUAGCGCUGGUUGCAUGCGGCUUUGCUGCUGUCUUCUCCCCGCAUAGAAAGUACUGCAGCAUCAGCAGCAGCAGCAGCAGCAGCAACAGCUGCAGCAGCAGCAGCUGCAGCAGCAGCUGCAGCAGCAGCAUUGGCAGCAGCAGAUUCAUGCAUGACUGUCACCCUGCAGCAGAUAACAGUCUGCUGCUGCUGCCGGAGCAUCUUCACAACGUAGAUGCAGCAGCAGCAGCAACAGCAGCAACAGCAGCAACAGCAACAGCAGCAGCAGCAGAUGCAGCAGCAGAUGAGCGCUAUGUAUUCAGCUGCACGCGUGAUCAGGAGCCUUGCUGCAGCAAGAAGGACAGCAGCAGCAACAGCAGCACGCACUGUAUCAGCAGCAGCAGCAGCAGCAGCAGCAGCAUCUCCUAUUGCAGCAACAGCAGCAGCAACAGCAGCAGCAGCAGCAGCAACUGUAAGGAGAACCAAAAGGAUGUUUCUUCGCUUCCUGGGCGACCCAUGAAUCCGCAACAACAGCAGCAGCAACAGCAACAGCAGCAGCAACAGCAGCAGCAGCAGCAGCAGCAGCAGCAAACAGCUGAGUUGCAUGCAGCGCAGCUAUUGACAUCAUCAUCAGGUGCAGCAAUAGAGCAGCAGCUGCUGGUGCUGCUGUCUUCUGCUUCUGAGCUGCUGACCUUUCUAGGCACAGCAGUGCUGCUCACCUGGUUGUUUGUUGUAUGGAGGAGACGAACACGUGCUGCUGCUGCUGCUGCUGCUGCUGCUGCUGCUGCUGCUGCUCCUAGUGCUGCUGCUGCUGCUGGUGCUGCUGCUCCUAGUUCUGCUGCUGCUGCUGCCGCUGCAAAUUCAGCAGCAGCAACAGCAGCAGUAGAGCCUGCCCCACCGACAGCAAUAGAACCAGCAGCAGCAGCAGCAACACCAGCAGCACCAGCACCAGCACCAGCACGACCAGCACCAGCAGCACCAGCAGCAGCACCAGCACCAGCAGCACCAGCACCAUCACCAGCACCACCAACAGCACCACCAGCAGCAGCACCACCAGCACCACCAGCAGCACCAGCAGCAGCAGCAGCAGCAGCAGCAGCAGCAGGAGCAGCAGCAGGAGGAGAGGAUGUAUUUGAGUUGGGUGUGUUGCUGACGGCAUUAGGUUUAUCUUUAUAUAGUAAGAUAGCGACGCUGCUUAUUAUGGCCUGGAAGGAGGCGCUGCUGCUGCGGCACUGUGUUGCUGUUCUGAGUUUCAGCAGCAACAUAGUAGCAAUCAAUGUAUUUCUUUAUCCUGUUCAUCCUUCUGUUGGUUUAUUUAUUGCUGCUGCUGCUGCUGCUGCUAGAGCUGCUGUUAGAGCUCUCUUCUGGGCUUUGCUGCAGCAAGCUAUUCCUGCUGCUGCUGCUGCUGCUGCUGCUGCUCAUGCUGCAGGAGAAACACAAAUCGAUAGAAUUAUACGACUCUUCAUUUAA